AUGUCCUCUUACCAGAUUCUACCAGGAGCGGAAGACAGUGUGUGGGAGACCAGCACCAGAUGUGCCGAGCUGAAACAGAAGCUCAUGGAAGCACCAGUCCCGCGGGAGACCAACAAGAUCGUCUGCUUCGGUCCGGUGUCCCUCACGUAUGACCUCCACUGUCUCGACAACGAUAAUCCAAACAAUCAGAGGUUCAGCUCCACCACACAGCACGCUGCCGCAGUGACGAUGGCUGAGGUUCUCAGGCUGAAGACCGGCAACAUGGUCAAGCUGCUAGCAGAGGACCCUUGGUACGACAGUGCCUCCAAACACGUACUCCGCCAGGAGGGCUUCCAGGUCAUCGAAGGGCACGGCGGCCGAGGCUUCCUGGAGGUGGACGAACAUAGUCUCGUCUUCACCGUCAGGUGUAACGUCCCCGUCAAGCAGGUCGUUUGCGACUGGUUCAGCCCGCCGCUUUGGUCUGGGCUCCUGUAA